AUGGGGCUGAAAUUUAUAAGAAAAUUCACAGAAAAUUUAGAAGACCCCAAUCACCCGUUAAUGGGACCAGUAAUAUCUAGUCUGAAUUUAGCAGGAAUGUGGAAACCAGAUAAUAAGAUCAAGGUCACAAUAAUACAGGUCUUUGCAGCAUUGUCUCUAGUAACUGAAUUUAUUGAACUAUGGUACUUAAGAUCAGACAUGGGAAGUGCUAUGAGAAAUCUAUCUACAACUACCCUUAGUUUAACCUGCGUCGUCAAAUCAGGCACCUUUGUACUAUGGCAGAAAGAUUGGAGACAAGUGAUAGACUAUGCUUCGUCUUUAGAGAGGGAACAGAUAGAGAAAAAUGACAGAGUCACGAAUAAAAUUAUCAAGAAGUACACUAAAUAUUCUAGAAGUUUAAUGUACUUUUAUUGGUGCGUCAGUUUCGGUACAGUACUAGCGAUGUUAAUUGCUCCUUUAGUCAUGUACAUGUCAUCUUCUGAACAGCGAGAACUUAUAAGAAAUGGAAGUUUACCUUAUCCAGAAAUAAUAAGUUCCUGGGUGCCUUUUGAUAAAACUAGAGGAUACGGUUAUACAGCUAUUCUUGUUAUUCAAGUAUGUAUGUGCCUUUAUGGUGGUCUUACUGUAGCCAGCUAUGAUUCCAAUGCUGUGGUUUUGAUGACUUUCUUCUUUGGCCAGUUGGAAAUAUUGAAAGAGAAUUGUAAGAGACUAUUUGAUGAAGAGAGAAGUUCCGUGGAACGUAUCCGCGAAUGCCAUUAUCAUCAUGUAGAACUUAUCAAAUAUGCCAAAAUAUUUAAUAACGUCCUGUCGCCCGUUCUAUUCCUGUAUAUUGUUAUAUGUUCUCUCAUGAUAUGUACUAGUGCUAUCCAAAUAACAAAGGAAGGGACUACUACAAUGCAGCAGUUAUGGAUAGCUGAGUACUUAGGAGCUCUCAUAACUCAGCUCUUUUUAUAUUGUUGGCACAGCAACCAAGUAUAUUAUAUGAGCCUUACAGUAAGUGAAGGAGUAUAUUUCAGCCAUUGGUAUGCGCAUGGUGUGCGCAUGAGACGAAAUGUGAUAUUACUGUCUGGUCAACUGAAUAAAUGUAUUGCAUUCUCAGCUGGCCCCUUUAGUAACCUUAAUAUUUCAACUUUUGUUGCGAUAUUAAAAGGUUCAUACAGCUAUUACACGUUUUUAAAACAAAAGUAA